AUGUCCCUCUUCGCCUGCGGCUGUUUCUUCGGCCCGCGACAGCUGGAAGUGCUGUGUUUCAACAGACGCUUUUGGGUGAAGCUGAAAGACCGAUCAAAACGGAAGGCCCAGACCGAGGAGAUUUCGAACAAAGACACUUCAUGCUCCAACUGCUCCAGAAGCAAGGAGGCGACGGCGGAAGCCCCGAAGAUGGCGAACGCCGCCGAGCCUGGGGACGGCACAUGCUACGCGAAGCUUCGCCGCGCUUAUCCCAACGCGCCUGCGGCAGAACUCGCACGGUUCUCGCUGUGCUGGCGACAACCCGAUGCUGUGCUUGCUUAUCAAGCACAUCUCCGGUGGCGGCAGGAUGAGGGCAGCGCGUCGUCUCUGGCCCAGGCCCGGGGAUGCAUUCCCAAGGAGUGGCUCUCCCGAGGCAGCAAAGCCAAGGACGGCUCGGACGUGCUAUUCUUGCAGGUGGCGCAGACGGACUGCAGCAUUGCUCCGGAGACCUACUUCAAGGCCUUGUGCUCCUACCUGGACGAGCUGGCUCCGAAAGAGAACGCCAUGGACUUCCAGCGGAUUACCGUCUUUCUGGACACGCGCGGAGGGGAGGGCUGGUCGAACCCACCAGCGACGCACCUCCUGCCUUUGUUGCGUGUUUGCACUCGGCAAUUGCCCGUGAAUUUUCCCGGAGUCCUCCAGAGGAUCGUGGUUUAUCCCGUUCCCGUGGCGCUGAAGUUCUUUGUGAGCCUCUGCCUGGCUCUGGUUGACACGAAUACCCGGAGUCGCUGUGUGCUCAUCAGUGAGAAGACGGAAGGCGGCGUUGAAGCCGCCCUGCAGGAGUACGUUUGCAGCUGGGCCUUUGACGGCAAACCUGCAAGGGAGCUGGCCUACCAAAAGGAUGGUGUUGCGGCCAGCGAGCCGCCAGAGAAGGGGAGCUUCACGGUCAAGCUGGAGCUGGAGGAGCUGAAGCCACGGAUGCUGGGAGUCAGUUUGGACUCCACUGAAGAGCGGGGUCUCUUAAUCGUCGGCUUCUUUGAUGGGGUGCUCUCGAAGUACAACGAGAAGUUUCCCCGACAGGCCAUCAGAAAGUUCGACAAGAUCACUGCCGUGAACGGGAAGGUCGGAAAUGCCAAUGACCUUCGAAGGAUCAUGGUCUCCGCCAUUGCCGAUGAGACCCUGGAGACUUUGGCGCUGACUCUGCGGCGGCCGGUGGAGUUUGAGGUUUGUGUGCGAAGGCCCGGGCCUCUCGGUAUCCAGGUGAACUACACCGAUCUGCUCGGCGGAGUUCUUAUCACCAAAGUCGUUCCAGAUGGUUUGGUCGACCGCUGGAAUGCUGAAAACCUCGAGGAGGGCAAAAGCGUCAACGCUGGUGAUCGUAUCAUCGCGUUGAAUAACAGCGAGCUGCGUGGCGACGACCUCGUUGACAAGCUCAAGAACGACGAGGAGUUGAGACUCACUGUGCUGCACUACUGA